AUGUUCAAAUUAGCGCCUCGGCACUUGAUGUUAUUAUUGCUCCAUAUCCUUACCACUUCUAAGGGGAUAGAGACUAGAUUUAUUUUAAAAAUAUUAUUAAUAAGUAUUAUUAAUAGUAUCCCCUUGGCUGGUACACUCAACUUUUACUUAUUAUACCUAAUUAGUAUAUGCUUAUAUCUAGAUAAUAAACUUAAGGUUAUUACUAAAGAGACUAAAAAUUUAUUACUAUUAAAUAUCUUAAAAGCUAUUAAAUCUAUAUUUAACUUAGCUAAAAAAAUAGAAAAUAAAUUAUCUAAUUUCUUUUAUAUUAGAACUUAUUUAAAGAUACUUUUAAUUAGUAGGAUAGUUAUUAGAUAUAUACUAUAUAAUAUAUAUAACUACCCUAAUAAAGUAGAUAUAGCUAAGGCUAAGUAUAUUAUAUAUAGGAAAUUAAGGUUAAAAGACUCUAAUAUUAGCUUAUUAAACCUUAAAAUAACCUUAAAAAUACUACCUAAAAAGGCUUUAAAGAUACUAGCCCUUUAA